AUGGAAAUGCAAGCUAAAGCUGAGCGGAAAAUGAGGGCGAAAGUGCUCGACUCCGAAGGCCGUCGACAGUCGGCGAUUAACAUCGCCGAGGGGAAAAAACUAUCGGUGACCUUGGAGUCGGAGGCGGCGAAGAUGGAUCAAGUGAAUAGAGCUAAAGGAGAGGCUGAGGCUAUAAUUACGAGUGCACAAGCCACGGCCAAAGGGAUUCAAGAGGUGUCAAGAGCCAUUGAAGAGAGUGGCGGUGUUGACGCUGUGAGUUUGAGGAUUGCAGAGCAGUACAUUGAGGCGUUUGAUAAGAUCUGCAAGGAAGGGACGUUGAUGUUGCUUCCUGGCAACGGAGGUGAUGCAGCCAGUAUGAUUGUUCAAGCGGCGGCGAUAUACAAGAAGGUUUCUAACAAGUUUGAUGAGUCUCCAUCUUCUUCUUAUAGGUAA